AUGAUAUAAGAUCAUUAGUAUUUACAGAUUGAUUAAUCUGAAGAAUAGAUAAGGAAAAAGAGCUCAAGCACAGGCUAAGAUAGUUUUAAGAGUUUUGACGUAGAGUCUAAUUUUAUAAAACCUCCUGAAGAUGCCACAAAGAGAGAGAGAAACUCAAAUAAAAACUUGUGGAAAAUGAUUGGGUUAGGACUCCUACUUCACUUAUUAUUCAUCUUUAGUAUUUUUGAUGUGUAUAUCUAGUCUUGGAGACCUUUGGGAAUGACACCUGUAUAGCCUUUCAAUCAAAAGCCUUUAGCUAAGAGAUUAAUGCUAUUUUAAUUUGAUGGCGGUCGCUCUGAUAUCAUGUAUGGCUUUCAAAGCGAACCUGAUGAGCCAGAAAAAGGUAAACCUAGAAUUCCAUUGAUCCACAAGCGUGUUAAAGAAGGAAAAGCUGCAUUUGGUAUUUAAUAUGCAGCUGUACCUACCGAAUCUAGAGUUUGUGUUUAAAAUAUGAUGGGAGGAUACUAAGAAGAUAUGACAGCCAUUUUAAGUGGCUGGGCUUCACAUCAUGGUCUCGAAUAUGAUAGGAUCUAUAACUAUGUAAAAGCUGGAUUCUUUUUUGGUCCUAGUGUUAUUAGUAGUAUUUUUGAAAGUUAGAACUGCCCUUCCUGUGUUAGGGUCGACUUUUUCCCAGAUUCUGAAAUUAACUACUAUGAUCAUGUAUAGGCGAGCACAUUUGAUAAGAAUAAUUAUGAUAAGCUUAAAAGACUCUUUAAUGGUACAUUAAUCGAAGAUAGAUAAAAUAAAACUCUUUAUGAUAAGGAACCAGGCGAUAAAGAAAAAUUAAGCGAAGACAAAUUAGUAGUUUAUAUGAAUUGGGUUUCAUGUGAUGCUAUAGGAACAGGUUUUAAACCUACUAACUGGGAAUAUCGUAAAUCAAUUAGGACUACAGGUAAGUUUAUUGAAGAAUUAGAGCAAGAUAUAAAUAAUUACUAUGGUAAUGAUGGAGAAACAGUAUUUAUAUUACUUUCUGAUCAUGGUAUUUCUGAUAUUGGUGCUCACGGUGAUGGUAAUCCUUAAAAUACAUGGACCCCUUUUAUCAUUUGGGGUAAAGGUAUUAAGCCAGCAGAUGAUGAAAAAGAUCCAGAAAAUCCAGAAACACAUGACGAUUUCUCAAAAUAAUGGGGCUUAACUAUGAAAAAGAGAUUUGAUAUUGAUUAGAGCCAGUUACCAAGUCUAAUUUCUAGUCUAAUAGGUUUACCUAUUCCUAUGAAUAACGAAGGAGUAUUACCACUCGAAUUUCUUAAUGCAACAGAAGUUUAUAAAGCCAAUAUCCUAUUAUAAAAUGCAUACUAACUCCAAACUUCCUAUACUAAGAUUCAGCAACUAGUUCAAGAAAAAUAAAAGUGGUUCUUCACUGAACAUGAACAUUCUCCAGCAAAGAUCCUUAACUCUCUCAGUGAGCUAAAAAAAUAAGUUGAUAAAAUUGCAUAAGAAUCAGACGAUGGUAAUAACGCAUCAAAAGAAUAAAACGAAGAGUUGAAGAAAAUAAUAUCUCAAACAUAUGUUGAAAUUCAAAACAUAAAAUAAGGAGUUUCUUAUCUAAAGUUAUACCAAAAAACAUUCCUUCAAGUUGCUGUAGCUUUGGGAUAUAUUAGUUUUAUGCUUCUAUGCUUUGCUGUCGUCUUUAGGUACAUAAAUACAAAUAAAGACACUGAAGAUAAAAUAGUAGAUUAAAACAAUUCCCCCUUUCUAAAAAAUAUUAGCCUAAUUAUUACUCUUUGCUUCAGUGGAUUUAUUCUAUUAUAUCUUAAUGUUACUAAAUCUAAGCCUGUUUACUAUGCAUAUUUUGGCUUCCCAAUUUACUUUACAUACCAGUUCUAUAAGCACAGACAGUUUAUGAAUCAAGGUUGGGGGGGAAAUAUCUUAAAAUUGAUAGGCUCUUAUGCUCUGAUAGGUUUAGCAGGCUAGUGCUUGAUGUAUUCUUUCUUUGAUAGGAACUUUAUUUCUUAUAAUUUCUUAAUUAUUUCUGUAUUCAGUCUAAUACAUAACAGAUGCUCUUUUGGAAAAAUUACAGGUACUGGUGCAAGAUGGAGCUUAGCUUGUGCUCUAAUUUCAAUAUUCCCUCUUCUCCCUCCUAUAAUAGGUGUAAACGAUUUCAAUUAUGUUGUUAGUUUUGCUAGCGUUACUAUUGCAACCUUCUAUUUUUCUUUUUAUUACUUUAAAAAUGAAUUAGAAACAAGUGUAAAAGUUAUGACUUUACUGAUUUUAUACUGUGGAGGUAUAUCUCUAUAUUUAAGAACUUUUCCUAAUUCAUCAUUAGUGCCAGGUUUUAUUUAUGGAAUUAACUGGACAGUUCUUAUUUCUCUUGUUGGAAGCAUUAUUUUCUUAAAUUUACACAAAAAUUCAGAUCCUUAACUAAGACUCUAUUCUUUGGUAGUGAUAAUGAUCAAUCUUUAACUCUUAUUUGCAAUAUCAUAUGAUGCUUUGUUUAUAUUGAUAUUCUCAUUCCUCUUAAAAGCAUGGAUUGAUCAUGAAAAAGAAGUUUCCGUACUAAUUUAAGAUAAAUAAAAGAUAUUUCCAAUCCAUUUUUAUACAGCAUUUAAAUUUAUUCUUAUUAUGAAUAUAUCUUUCUUUGGUAUUUAGGAUUUGGUUAGCUUGGGAAGCUUUAAUUAUGAAUCUGUUACAAGAUUUUUAGUAAAUCUUAGAGAAAUUCUUACAUUAGUUUUAAUGUUAUUUAAACUAUCAAUUCCUUUCUUAUGUGGAGCAUCUGCUUUUAUAGUUGUAUGCAAAUCAGCUUAUAAAAAAAUUAAUCCAAUUGGUUUAUUUAUGCUCAGUAUAAUAUAUGCAGAAAUAAUGACUAUUAAUUUCUUUUUUAUGGUAAGAACAGAAGGAACUUGGUAAGAAAAGGGAAGUAGUGUAGCUCGUUUUGUAAUAUCAAGCAUGCUAACUCUUCUCUAUGUCUUCCUCUUUUUCAUAGCUCACAUAUUAUUCAAAAAAACAAAAAUUGAUGAAAAAUAUAAAAAUUGA